AUGGCAGCUACGGCCGUGGCGAAGACCAAAUCCACCGAGACUUUCGUUGACAACAAGCGUAAGGAUGAUAUUCGGAUGGCCAACAUUGCGGCGGCGCAAUCGGUGGCAGAUGCCGUCCGUACGAGUCUUGGACCGAAGGGAAUGGACAAGAUGAUUUCUACUUCCUCAGGAGAGGUCAUUAUCACCAACGACGGCGCCACUAUUCUUAAUAAGAUGGAAGUUCUCCAGCCGGCAGCAAAAUUCCUCGUUGAGCUUUCGAAAUCGCAGGAUGUUGUCGCUGGAGAUGGGACGACCACUGUUGUUGUUAUAGCGGGUGCUCUUUUGAAGGCGUCUCUUACUCUUUUAUCUGCUGGCAUUCACCCGACGGUUGUUUCGGAUGCCCUUCACAAGGCUUCGAUUAAAGCUGUGGAGAUUUUAACGGCUAUGGCGAUUCCUGUGGAGUUAUCGGAUCAUGAUUCACUGGUUAAGUCAGCCUCUACUUCUUUGAAUUCCAAGGUUGUGUCUCAAUACUCUUCUCUUUUAGCCCCAUUAGCUGUUGAUGCCGUGCUUUCUGUAGUGGACCCUGCUAAGCCUGAUAUAGCAGACUUAAAAGAUAUUAAGAUUGUGAAGAAAUUAGGGGGAACUGUUGACGAUACUGAAUUGGUUAAGGGGCUGGUUUUUGAUAAGAAGGUGAGUCACGCAGCAGGGGGGCUGACCAGAAUGGAAAAUGCUAAGAUUGGGGUGAUACAGUUCCAGAUAUCACCGCCUAAAACUGACAUAGAGCAAAGCAUUGUGGUGUCUGAUUAUACACAGAUGGAUAGAAUUUUGAAGGAGGAGAGGAACUAUAUUUUGGGUAUGAUUAAGAAGAUUAAGGCAAGCGGGUGUAAUGUGCUGCUGAUUCAGAAGAGUAUUUUGAGGGAUGCGGUGACAGACUUGUCACUACAUUAUUUGGCCAAGGCAAAGAUUUUGGUGAUUAAGGACGUCGAGAGGGAUGAAAUUGAGUUCAUUACCAAGACUUUAAAUUGCUUGCCAAUAUCAAACAUUGAGCAUUUCCGGGCUGAAAAGUUGGGGUAUGCAGAUUUGGUGGAGGAAGUGUCGCUUGGGGAUGGUGGAAAGAUGGUCAAAAUCACAGGGAUUAAGGAUAUGGGGAGGACUACCAGCGUUCUUGUCCGUGGAUCAAACCAGUUGGUGCUUGAUGAGGCAGAGAGAAGUUUGCAUGAUGCACUGUGUGUGGUUAGGUGUUUGGUGAGUAAGAGGUUUCUAAUUGCAGGCGGUGGUGCUCCUGAGAUUGAGCUGUCAAGGCAAUUGGGUGCAUGGGCUAAGGUGCUGCAUGGGAUGGAAGGGUACUGUGUGAAGGCAUUUGCUGAGGCUCUUGAGGUUAUUCCAUAUACAUUGGCAGAGAAUGCAGGUUUGAACCCGAUUACCAUUGUGACUGAGCUGAGGAAUAAGCAUGCACAGGGCGAGAUCAAUGCAGGGAUCAAUGUGAGGAAGGGACAGAUCACAAAUAUUAUGGAUGAGAAUGUGGUACAACCUCUACUGGUUAGCACAAGUGCAAUUUCCUUGGCCACGGAGUGUGUUCGAAUGAUUUUGAAGAUUGAUGACAUCGUUACUGUGAGGUAG